AUGGAAGGGAAAGCGGGUAUGAAGAAGUAUUAUUAUGGUAGCAAUGGCGGCGGUGGUAGCAGGCAAGUGAACAAUGGCGGUGCUAGCCCGGAGAGGGCGAAGGUGUGGACUGAGAAAUCUCCUAAAUAUCACUAUAAUAGCCAAGGUUAUCAUCAUCGUAAGCAGAACCAACAUCAUAAUCCGGAUCAAAAUCAGAAGGAAAGGAAUGGUGGUAAUUCUAGAGUUCCGGUGGUUUAUUACCUCUGUAGAAACCGGCAGCUGGAGCAUCCUCACUUCAUUGAAGUUCCACUCUCUUCCCCUGAUGGACUCUUCCUCAGAGAUGUGAUUGAGAGGCUAAAUGUUUUACGUGGCAGAGGCAUGGCUUCCAUGUAUUCUUGGUCUUGCAAGAGAAGCUAUAAGAAUGGUUUUGUAUGGCAUGAUCUAUGCGAAGAUGACUUAAUCCUGCCUGCUCACGGAAAUGAGUAUGUCCUAAAAGGUUCUGAGCUCUUUGAAGACUCUAAUUCAGGUGGCUUUAGUCCUGCUGCUGCCAUUAGACUACCGAAUCCUAAAGCGUUACCAGAACCACCUUCUGCAAGAAGCCAAGAUGAUUCUUCAUCAUCGUCCAGUAUGAAUGACAGAGCUACAAAACAUUCCCAGGAUGAUGAGCUUUCUCCUCCAAUUCAGCGUCCAGGGUCGUCGGCUGUGUCCCCAGAAUCUAGUGUUGGGAAGAAUUCGUCCUGGAAUGGUUCUCUCAGCUUGGCAGAGUACAAAGUUUACAAGGGGGAUGGUCUAGCUGAUGCCUCCACUCAGACCGAAGAGAGUGGUGAUCGAGUUAAUAAAGCUCGAGAGACUUGUACACGAGGCGUUUCAACUGAAGAUAGAACGUCAGGAAUUCAAAACGGAGCCACUCAGGCCCAAGCAUCUCAAGUUAAAGAAACAUCUGAGAUUACCGGUGAUUAUGUUUCAACUCCUCCAUCUUCAUCGAGUGCAUCAUCCUCUGGUGCUAGGACUGAUACCUUGGAAUCUCUCAUUAGAGCUGAUGCUAGUAAAUACAACGAAGCUCUCAUUAGAGCUGAAGCUGGUAAAUUUAAUAGUUUUAGAAUUCUGGAAGAAGAGGAAUUUCGAGUGCCUCAUAAUACGAAGUUUAAGCCUGCAAAUGUGCUGAUGCAAUUGAUCUCAUGUGGAUCGGUUUCAGUGAAGGAUCACAGCUUUGGUAUUAUUCCAACUUAUAAGCCAAGGUUGACUGGGUCAAAACUUCCCUCUCCCUUCUUCUCGUCUUCUUUUAUGUUGGGAGAGCUAGACUGCAUGACUGAGAAUCCUAGGCUCAUAGGCCUGAGGUUGGAAGAUAAGGAAUAUUUCAGUGGCAGCUUGGUUGAGACAAAUGCCCGGAAGGAAGGAGUUCCUACGUUAAAACGAUCUUCUUCCUACAAUGCUGACAGGACCAAUAAAGAGUUUGAUUUGGAUGAGGAAAAAGAAGAGACAAGCACAUCCCAUUCCAAAUGCAUUCCACGGUCAAUUAAGGCUUCACUAACAAAGCAGCCAAGAAGCGAAUCGAUGAGAUCUCCUCUUUCUGAUGGACCUAGGAUCUCAUCUGAUGGAAUGGAGAGUUCACGUAGUAUCACCUCUGACGUAUCAAAUGGAGGGAGCAAGAGACAUUCUGAACCUUCUUCCGGGAGAAAGGCAUCAAGUCGGGGAGCUUCUUUCAGGGAGGAGAAGGACAACAUGAUCAAAAUCGAAGAAAGUUGA